AUGUCUGCACAAAGCGAUUCCUCGGAAAUAUUUCCAAAUAUGAUCUUUUCAGCGUCAGCAUCGACAAGCCAACUCAGCUGGGACGAGGUUUCUCAAGUCUCGGUGAUGGAUGAGGACGAAGAAUACGACGAUUGCUCGCGACUACUCGUGCCACCACCAGCUCGCUCACUUUCACCUGGAUCCGACAUGAUGCAUGGCGUGCUCCUUCCAGCCCAUACACCGGAGGCGGGAUUUGCGCACCAGAGAAGCCAAAGGAUGCCCGUAACCGACGAUAACUACGUCUACAUUCUACAAUCUGAGCUCCGGAGAAACGAACGCAGCACUGUGCAUUCUGCCAGGGUCCAAGCUCUGGUGUCUCUCGACGCUUCCGUGGAUUCGAUACUCUCAACUUCGCCUGAACGCAGCUCCGACAUGCCCAAACAUGUUGCAGUAAAGAUCUACCCCAAGUUUUACGAAGCAUUCUCGCGGCGCGAAGUGGACAACGAGAUUGAGAUACUUCGCCGCAUACAAGAGCAUCCAAGUCCCUUCCUGUGUCACAUGUACAGUCAUUUUGAGGACGACGAGCAAGUGUACAUCGUUACGGACUUGUAUCGGGAUGCGUUGUCCGAUCUGGCGGCGGAAUGGGUCAUAGACCUGUCACUGGACGAGAUCCGUUCCUACGGCGCACAGAUCUUGCAAGCUAUCGAGGACAUGCGCUCCCUUGGGAUCGUUCACUAUCGCAUCAGCCCAGAGAACAUCUUCAGCACGUCCAGUGGGCACCUCGUCCUCGACGAUUUCUCCCAUGCAGUAUGGCGAGCAAAGACCCCUCAAGAUUGCUUCACUAUGUCCGCCUCUGAGCAUUCUGACGGCGAGAACCUAGAAGGAUUCGAUGUGGACAUGCACGCGUACCAUCUCAUCUUUUCGAACCUUCUCCGCACUUGGAGCGGACAACACUGCGCGAGCUCCGUUGUCGGUUCGGUCUCCAAAUGCGAUGCCUCCCAAGGCUUUGAGGGGAAUGCGGUCAACCCAUUUGAGGGUGUCUUGCGGAUACCUCGCAUGGAUAUUCCGAGCUCAUGA